UUCACCAACAAAACCGGGGCCCACGGUCCUUAGUUACUCGUCAACCCCUCCGUGGUCGCUCCCAAGGCGGGUGUCAACGUUAUGGCAACAUGGAAAUCGAGGCCGCAAUAGCUCAUGGUUUGGCUGCAAACUUAAUGGAACUUACCGGAGCCAAGUCUGAUGACAUUCACGAGAGCCACCGGCUCCAAAAUGCCUUAACUUUUUCGGAACGUCCGGUGCGUCUUCGUAACAGUAACAAACCCGAAUCAUUUAAUAUGACAAUCCAAUACUUACGAGCCAUUGGUUUUGAUAUACAAGCCACCGAUUAUUACGACAAGGAAAUCGAUUUUUAUAAAUAUUUCGCCAAAAAAAUAAAACAAAUCUCUCACGGAGAAAUUACUAAUCCCAAGACCAUUAACGCCCGCACUUUCAAGCCGGAAGCUGGUCGGGAAAGCGAAGGGCUGCUCUGUGACCACUGUGGCGGAAAAAUCGAAGAAAAAGAUAAUCAAAGGUGGCGACCGGCUCAUUAUCAUUUGGCUAUACCGGUCACUAAUAUGCUUAUCUUCAAGUCGCACGUUACCCAAUUGAGUAAAUUACUAAAAAUUCCCUCCAAAAAAUUAGAAGAUAUCAUUUAUUUCCGGGUUUAUGUGGUGUUAGAUAACGGACUAUCCAACCUCGUGCAGAAAAAAACCCUGCUUACCAAAAAAGUUGAUAGCUUAUUAAUCAGUUCUCUUCUCGAUGAAAUUAUUGCUAAUUCUACCGAGCAAAGUAGUGUAGUCAAGGAAGUCCAAGUCUUACAAACCAAACUUACCAGCCAAGAAGAAACCGACAUGAUUUUCUGGGAAGAUUAUUGGGAUUUUAUAGCCCAACACCUGAAAAUUAAAAUGGCUACUGGUUCGGAAGCCUUACGA